CAAUCCGUUUGCGCCAAUUAAUGCGGAUUUUGUUUUAAAGUUAUUAAAUCUACUUACCUUAAAACCUGCCACGAGUUGGCAAAAUCCGGAGAAUCCAUCUUGAAGUCGGUUAGUACAGCAAGUAGACGUGUUGGAAGAGGUGUAGGUAACUUAAAUAAAAAAUGUCUGAAGAACAGCAGACUACCGAGACUCCCCAGAACGGUGCUGAAUCUACAGAGACUGAACAACAGGAGACUACAAUCCCCGAAGAGAAUGGUGAGGGAGACCAGAGCAAUGCUAGCAAGACCGAUGACGAAGCCGGGACUAUAGUUAGCAAGGCCGAUGAUGAUGCUGGAAAAAUGUUUGUUGGAGGCAUCAGCUGGGAUACAAGUAAAAAAGACUUGAAGGAUUACUUUUCCAAGUUUGGUGAAGUGACUGACUGCACUAUUAAGAUGGACCCCAAUACAGGGAGGUCUAGAGGCUUUGGCUUCAUUCUCUUCAAAGAUGCUUCAAGUGUGGACAAAGUUUUGGAACAGAAAGAACAUAGAUUAGAUGGAAGGUUGAUAGACCCAAAGAGAGCAAUGGCUAUGAAAAAAGAUCCCAUAAAGAAAAUAUUUGUAGGUGGUCUUAAUCCAGAAACUGCAGAAGAAAAAAUAAGGGAGUAUUUCAGCCAGUUUGGAGAGAUUGAAAGCAUUGAACUUCCAAUGGACCCCAAAAACAACAAGAGGAGAGGUUUUGUAUUUAUCACAUUUAAAGAGGAGGAACCAGUAAAGAAGAUAAUGGAAAAGAAAUUCCACAAUGUCAGCGGCAGCAAGUGUGAAAUCAAGGUUGCACAGCCUAAAGAAGUAUAUCAACAGCAGCAGUUCGGUGGAAGUAGAGGUGGCUUCUCGGGCAGAGGGAGAGGAGCUUCAAGAGGUGGUGCAGCAAACCAGAACUGGACUCAAGGCUACAGCAACUACUGGAAUCAAGGAUACGGCAACCAAGGUUAUGGUUAUGGCACGCAAGCAGGUUAUGGCGGCUAUGGAGGCUACGACUACACUGGCUACAAUUAUUAUGGUUAUGGACCAGGUGGCUAUGAUUACAGUCAGACUGCUGCGAGCUAUGGUAAAACUCCCAGGCGGGGAGCUCAUCAGAAUAACUACAGGCCAUAUUGAAGAGUUCAGUUUUCAAGCAUGUCAUAUACUGUAAAGCCGCUCUGCAGUCAUUAGUGGAUGGAGUAAUUACUGAAAUUGACCAGUUUACAGUUGCAUACUAGUGAGUUUAAACUUUCAAUAUUACGUGAUUCUGUUAAUAGGUUAAAACAGACAGAAUGCUGAUUCGGGGGUCCUCGUAAAGCUGCAGCACUGAAUCUAGGGAUUCUCUUCUUGGAUUUAUAAACAAAAAAAACUAUGGACUCUGGAUUCUUCCAGUUAAACAGAUGACAUGAGACGCAUCAUAGGGAACCAGUGUCACUUUCCACUUUUUAUUUUGUAUUGUCCAUAUACAUUUCCUUUAGGGGAAGUGUUAUUUUACUGUACUUUUUGGUACCUUUUUUUGGAUUCUAAUGUAUUGUAUAAGGUAUUUUACAUGUGUUCUGGAUUUGCCACAAUAACAUUACUGAAGCUGUCCUGGCUUUUUGAAAUAAAUGAUUUUGGGUAACCUGGUGUGGUUUUGUUUUGAUGUAAUCAUGUAGCAGUUCGGCCUUUCCCUGCUAAUCUAUCCUGUCCAAAACACCAAGUCAGUACCCUAAACCUUCAUUUUAAUUUUGUUCGUGUUGAAAAAAAAAAUAGUUUGAGUUUUUUAUAAAUUUACUUUUGAAUUUGAAACUGAAAAAGGGCAAGGAAAGAUGUUUUGUAAAUGUGUACGAAUAAAGUGUAAUUUUGCCCCUUCGAAUUUUUAGUUGUAAGAUUAUUGGUAAUGCUUCACUGGUAAAAUGCUCCAAAAGUAUGUCUGUUUUGCAAUUCCAGGAAUUCUAGUGGGAAUAUUUUGUAUUAUGUGCUAAAGUCAAGCUGGCCACGUAGUAUGAACUAAUUUCUGAUAAGAGUUUGUAUUGUAAAUACUUUGUCAUGUAUAAAUCUUUAAUGCUAAUAUUUUGGGUUGCACAUGGAUAGCUGAAAAUGUUUUCUCUGCAGUUCCCACACAGAGCAGGUCUAUAAAAUAAGAUUUUUGGUCAACUUUUGUAACGCAUUGGUAACAAGUUCCAAUUUAAUGGGCAUUGAUGGGCAUUGAGCAGGUAUUGUCCAAACCCAGUUUGUACUUUGUGGCCUUUCCCAGUGAGAAUUGCUUUCAGCAUGUCACCGACCUAGAUGUGUGUAAACUUUGUGCAUUAAGCCCCUUUUGAAGAAAAACAUUACCCUGUGUACUUACCCUGUGUACUCUGCUAAAAUGUCUCUAUUGAUUUUCUGUAGAAUAAAUUUUUUUGUAACUGCAUGUAAACAGUUAGUGACCCAGUUGCACAUUCACUAUAUAUAGUUGGGUAGUGUGCUGUUAAGGGAAGAGUGUUAAGAUUAGCAGUCUUCAGUUCCUGUGAUCUGCAAAACAGAUUUAUUGUUGCAGCUCUAAAACAAUUGACUUUGUAAAACCGUUGUUUUAGGUUAAGUUUUAUAUAUGUACCCAUUGUAUAAACUCUCAUUAAAAAAAGUAUGCUGAUAAGUGUUAGCCUCUCCUCUCAUACUGUGCAACUGAAAAAAAAUAAAGAUUUUAAAACUAA